UACGUCACCAGUGAUAGACCUGAGUUCGACCAGGAAAUUAAGGGUGGCUCAGACUCUUUCGAAGUGCGAAGCAAAUAAAGAGAAGGGAAUCCGAAGUGUUUCCGAACAAUAUUCUGGGAUUUAUUUUGAUUUAUUGACACCUGCAACUUUUAAGAAUGUCUCUGUAUCCAUCCCUUGAGGAUCUUAAGGUGGACAAGGUCAUGAAGGCCCAAGCCCAGUUUGCCCAUACAAUCUCCUCCCCAGCCAUUGCUGAGGGCCACUAUCCAGCCAUUGCUGAGGGGACCUACCAGCCGCAGGCUGCUGGGCUCGGUAUGCCAUCAUCAACCCUGUACCCUAACCUGGAGGAGCUGGGUGAAUACAUGGGUCUGAGCCUUAACAGUGAUGAGGUGCAGAGGAACCUGGCCCUGGUGCCCGUGGCAGACAAUCAGCUGGCGGUGCAGUCAGGCACGGGCAUCACUGGCAUGGUACGUCCCGUGACGGGGUCAGAUGUGGGAAUUCGGAGGGCAGAGAUUCGCCCUGGCAUCCGUGAGGUGAUUCUCUGCAAGGACCAGGAUGGGAAGGUUGGCCUGAGGCUGAGAGCUAUCGACAAUGGCGUGUUUAUCCAGCUGGUUCAGGCCAACUCCCCGGCUGCCCUGGGGGGCCUGCGUUUCGGGGACCAGGUCCUCCAGAUCAACGGAAAGAACUGUGCUGGCUGGAGUCUGGACAAAGCCCACAAAGCCUUGAAAGUUGCUGCUGAUACCCGCAUGGAACUCAUUGUCCGGGACAGGCCAUUCCAGCGUACCAUCACCAUGCACAAAGACAGCUCCGGCCACGUCGGGUUUAUUUUCAAGAUGGGCAAGAUCACCUCGCUGGUCAAGGAUGGUUCAGCCGCUCGCAACGGCCUCCUGACCGACCACUACAUCUGUGAAAUCAAUGGCCAGAAUGUUAUCGGCCUCAAGGACCCUCAGAUCAAGGACAUCCUGACCACCUCCCCUACAGCCAUGACCAUCACCAUCAUGCCCAAGUUCAUCUACGAACACAUGAUCAAGAGAAUGUCCGGUGGUCUGCUGCGUUCAGCUAUGGACCACUCUGUGCCUGAGGUGUGAAGACCAGAAUGUUACCAAGACUCCUGCAGAAUUUCUACAAUCUCCUGAGUUCCCACUGGAUUCGCAAAUGUCCAAUGGGUUCAACUCUGUCUCUGUAAUGAAAAACCUCUUGUAUCACAAUCACAGUCAUCGUCUUUCAUCAUAACAAUCUAAAGACGCCUUCUAUUUCCCAUGGUUCAUAUAUUUUGUUAUUCAAUGUGUAUUUUUUGCAUCUGUUUUUCUUUCUGUAUUUACACGUUUUGUCUUUUUAUAUGUUAAUUGUAGCCAGUCAUUACAUUCAUCGUGUUAUGUAUGUACAUUAUUCGAAGUAAACCUUUAUUUUAAUACCAAGCAUGCUACCAUAAAUCCAGUGCUUCCUCAAAGAACACGGAAAUGGAGUAUUGGCUCGAUCUGUCACCUUUUGUGUCAAAAUGCUGUAAAAGCCAAUGACCCAAUGGUUGUUCAUAAGCCUGUUCCCUUAUGCCGCUGGGACAUUACGGUGGGCGGACCCACUAAGUGCACUUUCCACUUCCUGUUAGAGGUUGUCUUUCUUGUAACCAUUUUAAAGUUUUGUUAUCAUUCAAGUCAAAAUGUAUUAGAAAAUCUGUCAACAAGACUACGUUAACCCUGGGUAUUGAUUUGUUUGUUCCGGAGAGUAAUCAACACGUUGACGUUACUAAUGUACGUAUGUAGAGGUCAAUCAAUAAUUUGCUCGGUGUGGGUUUUAUGUUUGGAGGAUAUAAUUCUUUACUCCUUGAUUUGAUGUCCACAGCCAGACUGAAAACUAUGACCUUAUCAGUGAAUUCAUUUUUAAUACUAGAUUGUUACUUUUUCUGUUGUUUGGAUGUAUUUUUCUUCUUAUAAUCUUUGAUAAUCACUUCAUGCAGCUGUCAUUCUGUAAAUGGUAGAAUCAAACAUUUUAUAUAGCCAAGAUAGUUAUUGUAAAACAAAUAAAUAAUCCUUUCCUGUUCACAUGGAUUUUGUUAUAGCAGUGUCCCAACUUUGCUUACAGUGGAUAUGUCCCACAGAUUAUCAACUUCAUGUUUAUUGGAGAACACCCAUCUUCUGCCUUGAGUAAAAGGUAGUUUAUUGGCUUUGGAUACAUUUCAUAGCAAAUAAACUAGUUCUCUAGACAUCUGACAAUACAAACCCAAUUCCAAAAAUGUUGGGACACUGUACAAUUGUGAAUAAAAACAGAAUGCAAUGAU